CUUUAUGGUUCAACUCCCAACCGAGUAUUCAUUCCUUGCUAGUUCGUUGAUGCGGCAACGUCUUUCUAUUUUUGUUCCACCCUACAUUUGUGAUAUUUGGCUCAAAUAACACGUUGACACCAUGGAGGAUAACUGCAGCAUGUUGACUUUUAGUACUCGACCCCCUAGCGUCCAACAACAUUUGGAGGCGCUCGGUUUUUAUGGUUGGAUCGCCACAAUCACGUUUGCAGUGGCCACAUUGAUACUUGUUGCUCUCUUCAUUCUGAACGUUGCCAGCUUUGUACGACACAGUCCACCGCAUCGCCGACUUCUUUUAUGCUGGGUUACCUCCUUCCCGUUGAUUAUUUCGUUCUUGGCACUGAUGACGUUAUUGAUUCCACGAGCCGGAAAUCUCUGCGAUACCGUCAAACAAAUUUUUAUGCCAUUUAUAAUGAUGCACUUCGUGGAUUUAACGUUGAACUUUAAAGGUGGCCAAUCAGCUGCGCUGGAAGACCUAUUGCAAUCGAAUACGCCCAUGACAUUCUGCCUUCCACCGUGCUGCUGUCUUGGACUCUGCAUCCGUCAACUCGACUAUACAAAGAAGAGGCUGCGUGUCUUCAAAUCACUCGUCUAUCAAAUGCCCCUGGUUCAAUUGACCAUUAUUGUAUUGAUUGUCCUCUUAACUGAAGCUGAAGUGAUUCGCCGAGACAAGGGUCCCGACGGCGUUUUCAUUUUUUUGAACGUUUUAAACAUUGUUUGCUUUUGCUUGGCCAUGUGGGCGUUUAACAUCAUUACCCGCUCUUUUGCGCCUCAGCUGGUGGCAAUCAACUUUCAGUAUAAAGCCCAACUAGUUGGACUGGGAAUAGCAUUGAUGAAACUACAAAAUUUUAUUUUGGUCAUCUUGAGCGUCAGUGGAGUCAUUCCGUGUAUCCCACCGUUCACAUCAAGAAUAGUUCUUCAAAAAACAAUUGAUGCAUCAUUGACGUUAACUGAAGCUUUCAUUCUGGGCAUCUUAACAUUCGUCGAUUACAGAAAACUUGACCACCAAGACGAGCUGCAGCCUUCUGGUCGCCGAACAAGUCAACAAAAAUAGUGUUGCCAUAUCUUUUUUGGUUUUUUAUAAAUUGCUUUAUUCCUUUUAAUUUUAUAUAACCCAAAAUCUCGAUACCUAUCCAGAAAAAGGUAACAGCUCGUUAAAUUAAGUGUCUUAAUUUAAGACACUUAUAAUUUUUAAUUUAAGACUCUUAA